AUGGCCGCGACGCCGAGUUCCCCAGGGAAUCGUGUCCCCCAGCGGGAAGAAGAGGCCUCUGCUGGGGGUGGGGGCAGCCAGGCCCGCAAAGACAUGUCCCGGGGCCUGUGGUCUCUGCCCACUGGCUACCUGCCCCCUCGCCUGAGCAAUGGGACGGAAAGCCGCAUCUCAGGGCACCCUGCUCUGCCCGGGCAGCCCUGUGGGGGGCUGGCGUGGGGUGCCCCGGUGUGCGACACAUCCCUGUCACCCGGGCUGCCGCAGAGACGGCAGCUUGAGCGGGAGGCCAAAGGCUGGCACGACCACACUGAGGGCUGCAGCCCAAGACCCGGGGAGCGGUGGGUCAGCAACUGCCAGGACUGCGUGUGUCACGAGGGCUCCCUGUCGGUGCGGUGCACGCCCGUGCUGUGCGAAGCCCGGGACCGGCCCCCGCAGUGCAGCCGGGCGGGCCUGGUGACUGUGACCAGGCCUGUGGCUGACAAGCCGUGCUGCCUGGAGACGCUGUGCGUCUGCAACACGACCACCUGCCCCCAGAGCCCACCCAGAUGUGUGCCGGGAGAGGAGCUGGUGGCCACCCAGGAGGAGGGCGACUGCUGCCCCACCUUCAGCUGCCGUGAGCUGUGCUGGGGAUUCUCUGGGGUGGGGCUCGGGCGGCGGAGGGUGAGCGCUUUCCCCCCUAGCACCUGGGCAGGUGCUCAGCCCUCCCUUUCCUUCCAGGACCUAAGCUGUGCACCUACAAUGGCACCGCCUAUGGGAUCGGUGCAACCUUCCCAGCGGUCACUCCCUGCCACACAUGCACCUGCCUGUCCGCGGACACCCAGCACCCAACGGUGCAGUGUGAGGAGGACAACCGCAGCACCACCUGCCCCCAGGUACACCCUCCUGGGCAGACGCCGGUAGUGCCUGCCUGGUGGCAGCCCUGGGCAGGUUGCUGAGGAGGUCGCUGGGCCCUUCGGGUAUGGGUGGGGUUCAGGAGGGCUGGGGAGGGGGCCUGGGGGUGAGGAUGUAACCACCCCUGUCCCUCAGGGCUUCCGGUACCAGAAGGUGGACGGACAGUGCUGUGGGGAGUGCGUGCAGACAGCGUGUCUCACGCCGGACGGCCGG